GCUGCAGCAGCGGCCCCGAGCCAGGGGGCGGCAGCGACGGGACCACCAGCGGCAGCUCGGACCGCGAAGACGCCUCCUCGGCAGAUUUUAACUACGGCACGGAGGAUUAUGACGCAGAGGGCAACGAGGAGCCCAGAGUGCUGCCCGGCGGCUCGGAGACCAUGCCGUACAUUGAUGAAUCGCCCACCAUGUCGCCCCAGCUCAGCGCCCGUGGUCAAGAAGGUGGCGGCGACGGCAACAGUAGCAUUUCUCCCUCAGCUCCUGACGAGCCCGACGUAGCGGGUGAGCGCGAUUCCGGUAAAAGCCUCGAGAUGCGCAAGUUGGUGCUUUCGGAUUUCUUGGCCAGCGAGGAGAUCUAUAUAAACCAGCUGGAGGCACUGUUGCUUCCCAUGAAGCCCCUGAAGGCGACGGCCACCACCUCCCAGCCAGUCCUUACCACCCAGCAGAUCGAGACCAUCUUCUAUAAGAUCCAGGAUCUGUACGAAAUCCACAAGGAGUUCUAUGACAGCCUUUACCCCAAGGUCCAGAACUGGGACAGCAGUGUUAUCCUGGGCCACCUCUUCCAGAAGCUGGCCAGCCAGUUGGGAGUUUACAAGGCCUUUGUGGACAACUAUAAAAUCGCCCUUGAGACAGCAGAGAAGUGCAGCCAAAGUAACAAUCAGUUCCAGAAGAUCUCAGAGGAGUUGAAGGUGAAGGGCCCCAAAGAUUCCAAAGAGAGCCACACCUCCGUCACCAUGGAAGCACUGCUAUAUAAGCCUAUAGACCGUGUGACUCGGAGCACGCUCGUAUUGCACGACCUGCUCAAGCACACGCCAUCGGACCACCCGGACUACCCGUUGCUGCAGGACGCCCUCCGGAUCUCCCAGAACUUCCUCUCCAGCAUCAAUGAGGACAUCGAUCCCCGCAGGACGGCAGUCACCACGCCCAAGGGGGAGACCCGGCAGAUGGUCAAAGAUGGCUUCUUGGUGGAGAUGGCCGAAGGCACCCGCAAACUACGCCACGUCUUCCUCUUCACGGAUAUGCUGCUCUGUGCCAAACUGAAGAAAACGGCAGUGGGGAAACACCAGCAGUAUGACUGCAAGUGGUAUGUGCCCUUGGCAGAGCUGGUGUUCCCCUCCCUCGAAGAGCUGGAUCCCUGCCCGCACGUCCACGCCAUGCCUGACCACGAUUUGGAGGACAUGAAGAUGAAGAUCUCCUCUAUGAAAAGCGAGGUGCAGAAGGAGAAGGCCAACAAGGGGCAGAGCCGAGCUAUGGAGCGCCUGAAGAAGAAAAUGUUUGACAACGAAUUCUGGCUCCUGCUCAACUCUCCUUCCAUCCCCUUCCGCAUCCAUCACCGCAACGGGAAAAGUUACUUGUUUCUGCUUUCCUCCGAUUAUGAGCGGGCGGAAUGGAGAGAAGCCAUCCAGAAGCUGCAAAAGAAAGACCUCCAGACUUUCGUGCUCAGCUCCGUGGAACUGCAAGUGCUCACGGGCUCCUGCUUCAAGCUACGCACUGUGCACAACCUUCCAGUCACCAGCAAUAAGGAUGACGAUGAACCUCCAGGGAUGUACGGCUUCUUGCACGUCAUCGUCCACUCUGCCAAGGGCUUCAAACAAUCUGCCAACCUCUACUGCACACUGGAAGUGGACUCCUUUGGGUACUUUGUCAGCAAAGCCAAGACCCGGGUGUUCCGCGACACGACCGAGCCCCAGUGGAACGAGGAGUUUGAGAUUGAGCUGGAGGGAUCGCAGUGCCUGAGGAUCCUCUGCUACGAGAAAUGUUACGACAAGACCAAGUUGAACAAGGACGACAACGAAAUCGUGGACAGGAUUGUGGGCAAAGGGCAAGUCCAGCUGGAUCCCCAGACAGUGCAGACCAAGAACUGGCACAUGGAUGUGAUCGAGAUGAAUGGGAUCAAAGUGGAGUUCUCCAUGAAGUUUACAAGCCGGGAUAUGAGCCUCAAGAGGACCCCGUCGAAAAAGCAAACAGGAGUUUUUGGAGUGAAAAUCAGCGUCGUCACCAAGCGGGAACGCUCGAAAGUGCCAUACAUCGUACGGCAGUGCGUGGAGGAAGUGGAGAAGAGGGGCAUUGACGAAGUGGGCAUCUACCGCAUCUCAGGGGUGGCCACCGACAUCCAGGCCUUGAAAGCUGCCUUUGACUCAAAUAACAAAGACACCCUGGUGAUGCUCAGCGACAUGGACAUCAAUGCCAUCGCAGGCACCCUGAAGCUAUACUUCCGUGAGCUCCCAGAGCCCCUCUUGACGGACCGGCUUUAUCCCGCUUUCAUGCAGGGCAUCGCGCUCUCUGACCCAUCGGCCAAGGAGAACUGCAUGAUGCAUCUUCUGCGCUCCCUGCCUGACCCCAACCUCAUCACUUUCCUCUUCCUGCUGGAACACUUGAAACGGGUGGCUGAGAAAGAGCCCAUCAACAAAAUGUCGCUGCACAAUCUGGCCACAGUGUUCGGCCCAACCUUGUUGAGACCUUCCGAGGUGGAAAGCAAGGGGAACCUCAGUUUGGCAUCAGACAUCUGGUCCCACGACGUCAUGGCACAGGUCCAGGUGCUCCUGUACUACUUGCAACACUCGCCCAUCACCUUUGCCGAGCUCAAGCGCAACACUCUCUACUUCUCCACGGAUGUGUAGUCCCUGGCUGCGCGGUCUAACGGUGGCCCACGUUCUCCGAGUGAAGGGACGCAACGGCGCAGACUUGGCAUUCUGUCCCCCCCCCCCCCCCCCCCGGACUGUGCUGAGGACGUCGUGCUGCCCUGGAAUGGUCGCUGCGCAUGCCACCUGGACCAUUUUGUACAAACGACCGGCCAGCCCUCCACUUUCCGGCACGGGAUUCCGCGUCUCUCGGGCAUUCGUAUUGAUACUCAGCAGUGGUGGACAGGAGCGAGCGACAGACGAGGACGGAGGGCGAGGGGAGGGGAGGGCUCUACGGUCCAUCUGUGUCUUUGUAUAAUGUCAUCUUCUAACAGAGCUUCACUGUAACCGAGUCUCCCGCCACCCCAGCCUGCUUCGCCUUGCUCCAGCCUACAGCAGCACUUGUCAUUUUCGCCCUUCUCCCUUGUGGCCUGCAUGGGUGGUGCCUCUCUUAGAUUUUCCCAUUUCAAAGGCUCGGAGGAAACCAAGGGCUCCCCCCCCCCCGCUUUUCUUUCUUUUGGCUCUGUUCCUCCCGGCUUGUCUUGUGCAGAUGGUGGAUCCAGUGGCUGAAUUCUACAUUCUUCUCUCCUCCCCCUGCCAGCCAGCCAGCCUUGGACUGUGAGAGCUGAGCAUGGAGAGCCAAAGGUGGUUUUCUCAACGCCCCGUCCGCUCUAGGUUGCUGUUCUGAUGCUGGGGGAGACUUCUCCGGUGAUUCCUGCCUGUUGGGUGUUUUUUUCUUCUUCUCUUUGGGCGGUAGCUGUGUGUUUGGGGAGGUACGGAUUCAUUCCUUCGGUUCAUUUUGUAAAGCGGUUUUAAGGGUACCCCGCUGGAGGGAGGGAAGGUGGCUUUGCUUGCUAGAUUUAAACAUGGCUGGAUGCUCUGUGUGUGCGCGUGCGUGUGUGCACGUGUGUAAGUGUAUGCUCUUCCCUGGCUUGGUUUCCCCUUCCAUUUAUUUAUGAUGACUUCUCCUGGGACUAAUUCAGUCUCGAUCUCUUGCGAAAGAGGGCCAGUCUUCCGGUGGCAGCCUGAGCGUUUCCCAAAGAACGUUGACAGGAUGAAGACACAUUAGGAGGACGGGAAGGGUGCUGACCCACCCAAGGGUGCAGGCCUCACCCGAUGCCUUUGCCUUCUUCUGCCUGCACGCGGCCCUCCCCAGCCCAGAAUUGCCACGGAAGCAGCUGGUCUUUCCUGGCUGUCUCUUCCAGACGCGUUCCAUGACACGGUUGUAAGGACACCGGGGCCUCUCUCUGUCUUGCCCAGCACUACCACAGGAUUUGUCUAGGUGGGCCUCAGUGGCAGCCGAGGCACCGAUGCUUUAGGCCCUCGACGUUUCAGUUUUCUCUCUGUGAUAAGUAAAAGGUGGGUGGCUGAAGGUAAGGACCCUCGGGGGCUGCCUUGGGCCUGCCAGAACAGGUACGAUGCUGGCCUUCUCAGUGGGGGAACAGGUUAUUCUGCCUUGUUCUCAGAAAGCCUCCAUCCUGGUCACGGGACAGGCCGGAGACCAGUUUUGCAGAAUGGAUCCUGUGCUCCAUUUCCCCGGGAUAACUUCCUCUGCUUGGUUGGAAGCCUUCAGGGAAAGGGGCUGUUUGGCUCCCUUCCCCAUAAGGAACACGGCUGCCUCGCGUGUUCUUUGACAAGACACUCGAUUUCUGGGUCCAGACCUGGCUCUACGCCUAGCAGAGCCCUCUUGAAGGUUCAUAGCCUACUUCGGGGUAGGAGUAACAAAAGAAGAACUUCCUCGUCCACCCUAGAAUCCUAAGCUGCUUUGAUCCUGCUUCUCCCAGCUGAGCUGGAGAUGAUGUGGCACGGUUCAGGGACCAGAGAUUUUCCUUGCCAACCAGGCUUUGUACCUGGGUGAAGUUUUAACCCCUACUGCACAAGAGAGCUUGGUUGGGCUGCAUACACCUGAACACACGUCUGCAGCAGACCGAGAAGAUGGGAGCUCGACACCCCUCCCCCUGUCUUAAGUGGCUAAAUCUGAUACCAGCAGAGACAGAGAGAGACACACACACAACUACAGUUGUUCUUUUUAAUCUCAGUUUUUUCUGGGGGG